AUGGACGAAAAGUGUCGAUUAUGUUUGAUUCAAUUGGAAGAUCAGAAAACAAAGACCUCGAUCGAAGAGGAUCAGUUUAGUAUUAAGCUUAAAACUCUCUUUAGUUUUCCGAUCACAUCAAUAGAAACAUUUCCCUCAUCGGUGUGCGGACAGUGUGAGGAAAAGGUUAUUGAUUUCCACUCUUACCAUGAACUGGUUAAGAACAGCCAGGAUCAACUGUGGGCCACACAGCAAAACAAAUGUUUUGUGGAAAUCAAGGAGGAACCGUCCCAAGGCGUAGAUUAUGAUGUAUUCGAGUUAUCCUUCGAGGAUGCAGAACCCGAUGAAGAAAAGCAGACAGGCGAUAUCUAUAAAAGAGAAAAGGGUACCAAGAGCGACGAUGAGCACAAUCUCGAUAGCGAGCUCGACGAAGAGAAGUACGAGGAUGACGAUCCUCCGAGCAGUACGGGCAACAAAUCCGACGAUACUGAAUAUGAAGAGGACAAACCGCUGACAAGUGCUCAGAUGGGCAGGAUUAAAUCCUCACGGUUAGGCCAGAAGCGUAGAGGCCGACCACGGAAGGGUGAAACAAUAAAAAGAACUUCCCAGAUGAAGGCCGUUACCACACGCAGGUGCCAACCGUCAGAAGAAACCAACCAGCGCUUACAGGAAUUCUACGACAUGAAGUGUGAGCUUUGCGAGGAUAAGCUGGAAUCCUUCACGGCACUGAAGAACCACUACUUCAAACAGCACGGUGUGCAGGGUUACAUCAAGUGCUGUGGUCGUACAUUUCACAGUCGCUACCGGUUGCUGGAACACGUGUCUUACCACGUUGGAGCAAGCAUGGUUCGGUGUGACAUUUGUAACAAAAGUUUCAGCAGCCGUAGCUACCUACUGGUGCACAAAAGCCGGAAACACGGCCAAGCGGAAGACCGACCGUACAAGUGCACCCAAUGCCACCAAUCUUACGCGAUGGAAUGUCACCUGAAGGCGCACAUUGUGUCACACGUGCGUGUAAACUGUACGAUCUGUGGAAAGGAGCUGGCCAGUGCACUCUCACUCCGUACGCACAUGAUAAACAUGCACGCGAAGCGGGAAAAUCAUAUUUGCGAUAGCUGUGGGCGAGAGUUCCGAAGCCGGCAAGCAUUCGAGCGACACGUUAAGCUACACCAGGGUCUGGAAGUUACGGAGCAGGUUCAGUGUGACGUGUGUCUGAAAUGGCUUAACAGCAAGCGAGCAUUAAAGAUGCACGUCAAGCUGGUACACAUGGAGGCAGGUCAGACGUUUCAGUGCGAUAUAUGUGCACAACGGUGCCCAAAUAGCCGGGCACUGGCGAGUCACAAGCAGCGUGUCCACGUGGAAGAGCGCUUUAAAUGUGAAGAGUGUGGCAAACUCUUCAAACGGCAACUUUAUCUGAAAGAGCAUGUGGCAGCAUUACACACCCGCAAGCCACUCUACUCGUGUGAGGUAUGUGGCGCCACGUUCAAUUCGAACGCUAACAAGUACUCGCACCGGAAGAACAAGCAUCCAGUGGAAUGGGAAGCACGUCGAAAGCAGCAGUUGCAGCAGCAACAGGAACAAUUGCAACAGCAUCUCCAAAGUCAGGAAGAUCAGGAACAAAAGGCUAUUGUAGAGAUGGUUUAA